GCAGGUCCUCCCCGCCCCACAUCUGUCCUCAUCUUCUCCUAGCUGGGCUCGGGUGUAGACACCUGCUCCCUGGCCCUGCUGCACUAUGGACACACUGGGGACACUGCUCUUGCUGGGGGCUCUGCUUCUGUCGCCCGCUGAGGCCCAGCAGGCCACCGAGCGUCGCCUGAAGCCCUGGCUAGUGGGCCUGGCCGCAGUGGUGGGGUUCCUGUUCAUCGUGUUUGUCCUCAUGCUGGCCAACCGUAUAUGGUGCUCCAAAGUCAGAGCUGAGGAUGAGGAGACCACCGUGAGAAUGGACCCUAGCCCCUACCAGGAUAGGGAUGACAGUCAAGAAGCCAAGACGGAAAAGAAGAAAAAGAACCAAAAGGCCAAGCAGGGAGAGAGCAACGAGGGCUUGGAGCUGGAGGAGAGGGAGCCCGACGAGGAGGAGAACAUGAGGAAGACUCCCCUGUGAGGCCUCCCUGCCACCUCAGCACCCCCUCAGAUACGUCCUUCCACGCACUCAACGGCGCCACAGCCAGAGCAGCCAUGGCACCUGUGAGAGGUUCUGAAUAGUGUCCCUGACUGAGGAUGACCCUGCCUGCCAUCCACUCACUGGCUCACUCACCCACCUAUCCAUCCACCCAUCCACUCACCCAUCCAACCCAUCUACCCACCCACCCACCCACUCACCCACUCACCCAUGCAUCCAUGUACCCAUCCAACCCAUCUACUCACCCACCCACUCACCUAUCCAUCCACCCACCACCCAUCCACUCACCCGCCCAUUCACCCACCACCCAUCCGCUCACCCAGGCAUCCAUCCAUCAGCCCACCCACCCACUCAUCCGUCCACCCACUCACCCACCAUCCUGCCAUCCUCCCUCCUUUAAAAUGGCUCUUUGGGGGGUCCUGGGUCUUUGGGCUCCUCUCUGACCUGAGUGCACCCACGUGCUGCUCUGACACCCCUCCUCAGCCCCUGCCACGUCCUGACUCCCAGUGUCUCCAUGCACAGUCUCAGGUCUGUUGGACAGCCGGCCAUCCACGGGGCCCUUGUCAUCUUCCAGGGUGCUGUCUCCCCCUGGCGCUGGCUGUCCUGGCCCGCAGUGUGUCGUGUGCCCAGGGCUCACUGAAGGAUUUGUCCGGGUUUCUUUCCGUGGCUCUGCACUUCGCACCCCCAUUGCGGUCUCCUGGGAAAUCCUUGCUCCCUCCCCACCGCCGCGCUUGUCGGUCGAAGGGGGUGUUUUGGGGAUCCACUGCGGACCGUGAGUUGGUGCUGUCUGCGCGCACUGCCGUGACUGUCCACCAGGGGGCGGAAGAACUUAAAAUAAGGAAGCUAAUAAAUGCCUCAGAGACGUCCCGGGAGCACUGCGCCUUGCACUGCACUCUUGCUGUCCCAGAGCACUUGCCUAGUCCCGUUUUGCAGGUUUAGACAAAGGCAAGAUGCCAGAGCAGGUCUCUUUGGGCUAUGGCACAGCUGGUACAGGAGCCCAGGCUGCCCCAGCGAUGGGGGAGGGGAGUGGGGUGGCAUUUGGAAGCUCUGACCAAGGUCAUGCUUGGAGCUACAUGUCCCAGGAUGGGAACUGGGGACAGGCAAUUACUUCUGCCUGGCGGUGGGUUGUGUCUGCUGGGAGACCAAGAUCGUGUUCCUGUGGAAUAAAUGCUGUGCGGCCCUGGGAA